CUCACCUCUCAUCUGGCGCUAGCCUUCUGACUUAUCUCUCUCUGCCUUUCCCACUUUUCUCUCUCUCCAAAGAUACCCCGUUUCCUUUUGCCUUCGUGAUACUUACUCGCUCUCAAGUGCGGGCCCACCCCCCGCCAUGCUCGUCACUACCUCUCACUCGUUACCGCGACUGCUUAUCCUCCCUCUGUUCCUCUUCAUAUGCGGCGCCUUCUUCUUCUUUCCCCGGCAAUACCAUGGCUCGGCUGCCAUUCAUAUCCCCAUCUUGACGGGCAAAAACCUCACUGCAGCCAGUUCAACCUUUGACAAGUCUGUUCAAGAGUUUUGGUCGGACCUUGCCACUGCUCUGGUUGACGCCCAACCACGAUGUGAGCCUUUGCAGCUGGACGACGAGGGGUUCGACGAUGUUGUCAAUUUCAAGCCGCUGGAACCUCACAGGAUGCACCCUGAUCGGCUGGUUAACUUCACAAAGAAUGAAGAAUUGGCCUUGUUCAGAGCGCACUAUACUAUGCGCAGUUCUGCAAAAGAGCUCGCGUCCAAAGUCCCCUUUGCACAGGGUACUACGGGCAUCGUUACGACAGCCAACGCUAUGUACAUGCCUAUCUUUUUGGUCUCACUGCGCUUGUUACGCAAGACGGGAUGUGAUUUGCCCAUGGAAGUCUUCAUCGACGACUGGAGCAAGUAUGACGCGACAGUGUGCGAGACCGUUCUACCUUCUCUAAACGCCCGUUGCGUUGUCCUAUCAAACAUUUACGAGACGGCCGCCAACGCCAAGCCACCCAGUCACUACCAGUACAAGGCUUUUGCGAUCCUAUUCUCAUCCUUCCAGCACGUUCUGUUUCUCGACAGCGAUGCCUUCCCCUCGCAAGAUCCGAAAGGUUUAUUCUCCGUCGCCCCCUACACAACCCAUGGCCUGGUAACUUGGCCCGACUUCUGGGCGCAGACCAUAUCGGCCCAUUUCUACCACAUCGCCGCCAUCCCCGAAGUCCCCUCGCAAUCGCGCCUCUCGACUGAAAGCGGUCAGCUCCUCAUGAACAAAGACCUACACCGCGAAACCCUCCUCAUGAUGGUCUACUACAACUACUACGGCCCAGACUUCUACUACAUCCUCUUCAGCCAAGGCGCCCCCGGCGCUGGCGACAAAGAAACCUUCACACAAGCCGCCCUCGCCGUCGGCCUUCCUUUCUACCAAGUCCGCACCACCCCGAUGGCCCUCGGCCGCUUCCUCAACGGCACAUAUGAAGGUACAGGAAUCGCCCAGGCGGACCCCCGUCUCGACUACCAGUACCUGCCCCCGAUGCGCAACCACAUCCACGAUCAAGCCCACUGGCAAGACAAGGAUCUCGUCACUCAAUCUCAGAGGAAUAAGCCACGUACCGCGCCGAGCAAACCCAUCCCGCUUUUUAUCCAUGAGAAUAAUCUCAAGCUCGACCCAGCGCAUGUGCUGAAUGAUUACCGCCCGUUUGAUAUGGAGGGCCGCUCGCACAGGAUGUGGGGCAAGAAAGAAGAUAUGCAGAAGCAGCUCGGAUAUGAUGUUGAGCAGCGCAUGUGGGAUGUCGUUGUUGAAGAAGGGUGCAGAGAGGAUGCGCGCGGUGAGAAGUGCAGGAAGUUGCGGGGGUGGUACAGAGAUGUUUUUGGCGAGGUCGAGGUGGAUAUGCCACUCCGGUCAUGAUUUGGAAGAAGCUUUCUUCUUGAGCGACUACUACGAUGAUUUCACGCAAAAGGUGAUUGGAGGGGUUUUUGUCAUGAUUGUGACGGGUGAGGAAGGUAAACUGCUCCUUCUGCUCUCUUGCAAGACACACUAAUGAGUGUACACUUUUUUUUUCUGUACAUGUUUAAUACGGAUUCACGACAGAUGUCAAGCGAGCAAAAAUUUAGCUAGUGGUUUGUUUUUGUUGCAUUUAGCGUUUGUUUUUAGUUUGCUUGCUAUACCGCGUAAGUUAGCACGUUGGUUAUAUACCCAAUUUUUCAGCCAAAAAUAAAAUAAAAGGAAUUCUCAAAGGAC